AAUUCCGCCGAUCGCCGAAAGGCCUCAAUAAGAGAGCACCGAGCUCUUGCAUAUAGAUCUUUUCAAACGCGCAGCGAACACAGUAUAGAAAGAUAAGUUUAAACAAGAAGAAGCCAUUAUUCUUUCUCGACCAAGCCGAUCCUGAAAGAACGAGUACCGAUAUCACCGCUUGGAAACCACAAGGCUACGCAACAAUUGUAAUAUAAUGAUCUAUCGGAAAUAUCUGUUACUUUGCAUCUUAAUCAUAUUGUUCAGAGAAGAUACAGGAGAAACAUUUUCCGCUUAUCAAGAUAUACGUACACAAAAUAUGGAAUUUUCUCAAUAUCAUGAGAUAUCACAAAAUGAUGAUUAUAGAUUACCAGUAUCUAUUAAACCUAUUUCCUACGAAAUCAUACUUGUACCAAAAUUACAAGAAAAUUUUACAUUUGAGGGCUUCGUAAAAAUUACCGCUGUGGUACAAAACGAAACUGACAAAAUUACGCUACAUAAAGGAAAUAUCCAAAUCGUAAAUCAAUCCGUUUUAUUGGAAAAUAAAACUGUUAACAUUGAGCAUGUUAUAUAUGAUAAAAACACUGAAAAAUACACCCUUAUCGUUUCCGAAACUCUUAAGAAAGGAUCGCAGAUACUAAUUACUUUCGAUUAUAACGGUAUCUUGAAUGACAAUAUGAUCGGAUUUUAUAGAAGUUCUUACUUCGAUAAAGAUAAUCAGAUCAAGUGGCUGGCUGCAACACAGUUUUCAAAAACAUACGCGAGAUAUGCAUUCCCAUGCUUCGAUGAGCCUAGUUUUAAGGCAAAAUUCACAAUUCGCAUAUCAAGAGACCAAAAAUAUAAAUGCGUCAGUAAUAUGCCUUUAAAUAAGACUGAAAAAUUGAAAGACCAGUUUUGGGACACUUUCCAGGAAAGUAUCCCUAUGUCCACCUACCUAGUGGCAUUUGUUAUUUCAGAAUUUAGUUUUGUUAACCAAGAUAAGUUUCAAGUGUGGUCCAGGACAUCCGUCAUCGAUCAAACGAAUUACGCUUUGAAGAUUGGUACUACAGCUUUAGAGUUACUCGGUAACAUGUUCCAGCAAAAAUAUUACCUUCCUAAAAUGGACAUGAUAGCUGUUCCCGAUUUCGGAACUACUCAAACCGGAGCCAUGGAAAAUUUGGGAUUGGUGACAUAUCGCGAGCCUAAAAUGUUGUACGAUGAGAAAGAAUCAUCGGUACUGGCACAACAGAGCGUGGCUUCUGUAAUUAUUCACGAGCUCACGCAUAUGUGGUUUGGAAAUCUAGUGACACCAGAAUGGUGGAGCUAUCUCUGGCUUAGUGAAGCAUUCGCUAGAUAUUUUGAAUAUUUUGGUACAGCGGAAGUUGAAAAAUCAUGGAACAUGAAAGAACAAUUCGUAGUAGAACAGCAUGAAUCUGCUUUAAUAGCGGAUGGUCUUGAUUCUUCUCAAUCAAUGACUCGAGAAGUUUCUAAUCAAUCACAACUCGAGGGAAUAGCAGAUCCUGUCACCUAUGCAAAAGCAGCUAGCAUUGUUCGUAUGAUGAGCCUUAUGUUUGGAACCAACGUCUUCGAACUCGCAUUACGCGAUUACUUACAUAAUAACAAAGAAGAAGGAUUAGGCCAUCCAGAUGCUUUAUGGGAGGCAAUAGAAAAUCGUAUUCAUCUACAACAACUUAUAACACAACCCGCUGCAGUGAAAACAAUAAUGGAUACCUGGACUACACAAGCUGGAUACCCUGUUGUAUCAGUCAAUAUCGAUGACAAAGGCGUACUCCACAUUACUCAACAACGCUUUCUUCUAAGAAACUUAAGUAAAACUUCUACAAAUGUCACAUGGUGGGUGCCGCUUACAUGGGCUACACAAACCGAACCAAAUUUUAAUAAUACUCUUACGAAGGAUUGGCUGUCCAUUGAAAAAGAUACUAUAGAUCUUAAAAUUGAUCCGAAAGAAUGGGUGAUAUUCAACGUUCAAUCAUCGGGCUUCUAUCGAGUUAAUUAUAAUUAUGAUGGCUGGCAGCGCAUUUUCAAUGUCUUAAAUAGCGACAAAUUCAACGAUAUUCACGUAUUAAAUAGAGCCGGAAUCAUAGACGAUUUGUUAAAUUUGGGUAGAGCAGGACUCCAAGAUUACGAAACAGUUUUGAACGGACUAAUGUAUCUUAAACAGGAAACGAAUUAUUUGCCCUUUAAAGCAGCACUCAAUGGUUUAGAUUAUUUGAAUAAACGAUUUGCAGGACACGAAGAACAUUCUUUAUUCAAAGAAUACGUUCUGUCUCUUCUGCAUGAUAAUCGCAAAAAAUUAGGAUACGAAGAUAGCGCAAAUGAUGACAGGUUAACAAUUUUAUUACGACGAGAGAUAAAUAAUUGGGCCUGCAAUUUAGAUGACAAUGAGUGUAUAACAGUUUAUAUGCAGAAGUUUAAACAGUGGAAAACAAAUACUUCUAUUUCUAUUAAGCCGAAUGAAAGGUCUACAGCAUAUUGCGUUGCCGCAAGAUAUGGAACUCAUGAAGACUGGGAAUUUUUGUGGAAACAAUAUUUGAAUUCCAAUUAUGUCACCGACCAAACAGUGAUUAUAAACGCUCUUGGAUGCAGCUUGAAUAUUACCAUUUUAGAAAAGUACUUAGGAUAUGCCAUCAGCGAUUACGCAAACAAUCGAAUUCGUAAACAAGACAGUACAAACGUCUUCGCUGCCGUUUAUAAUUCUGGUUUGACUGGCGCUGAAUAUAUUCUUGAAUUUGUUGAAAAGCAUUACAAAGAAAUGGAGAAAUAUUAUGGAGGCCAGAGUACAAUAGUAACAAUUCUCGAUGGAGCUUCACAACAUUUUUCCACACCUAGAUUAGUGGAGAAAUUUCAAAAUCUCAUAAACAAGACAGAAUUCGCGCCGAUCUUCGAAUCUUUAGAGUCUUCUUUAAAAAUCGCUAGAUACGAAUUGGAGUGGUAUAAAUCCGCUUCGGUUUCUAUCAUUCGAUGGCUACGUGUACAAGAAGGGAGGAAAUAUCGCCAACAAAUAUAAGUCCCAAAAAAUAUGUCAUAUCCGUUACGCCUUAUCUCGACGUAGGAAAUUUCACUGUCGACGGACACGUCAAGAUUGAAACCGACGUUGUACAACAGACAAAACAAAUAGUUUUGCACUCGGCGGAA